AGCUCAAUUCCUGUAACGUCCAACGAGCAGUGAGCACACGUCGGGUCCUGCAAACAACGAGCGUGAUUGUCUGCCAAUACCACCUUACCGGCUAAUGGCUGGCUCACCUGUGCCCCAUUUCUAUUUGUCAAUAUUAUUUUAUUUUCAUCUACAAAACAAAGUGUCGGAGUACCACCAUAGUUGAGGUCUAAUGAUAUUUGCUUCUUCUACAAUAGGGUAAUCGUUCAGAAGGCUUUUUUCUGGUUUUCAGGACCCGAACCAAUUCAGUAUUUCUAUAACGCAUUUAAUCAUGCCAAAAGUAAAGGCAGACUCUCAUCAUCGGCCUUCUCAUCAUAAUUUGCUUCCUCAAACAGUUGCAAUGCGAGAACGCUUUAAUAUAUCUCGGUACAAAAAUCCUUUUCCCGACACUUAUAAAAUGGCAGCCCAAGCUAUUCAUGACUUUUAUGUGAAAAACAAACCAUUAGAGGAAAGCAUUGAUACAACAAAAAUAGCAAAAAGGAAAUCGUAUGAAUUGGCAUUGUUAACGUUGAAACAUGCUCAGGAAAUUAAUUACUUAAUAGAUAGAUUACAGAUACCAGAAAAUGAUUUUCAUUUCAAAGAGGCAAAAGGUAGAGUCUUAAUAGCAGAGUUAUUAUGGGGCAGUCAACAUUUCCUAUCCAGAUCACUUUCUACAGAAAAAAUGAAAUUUUAUGAAGAAAGUUUACGAGAAACUUUCUUAGAAGCAAUAUAUAAGAGCUCUCUUAAUCCACUAGAAGUACCAGCAGCAAGAUUACCUGUGUAUGUUAGAAUCAAUACGCUAUCAAUUUCAUUAGAAAGUAGCGUCACUGCUUUUCAGAAAGAAGGUUGGAAUUUAUUACCAUCUGUAAAAAGUUAUUCUGCCUAUCUUGAACAAUUGAAAAGUAUGGAUCACAAGGAUUUCAUUAGAGAUUAUCAUGUGUCUGAACUAUUUGUUUUUCCUCCUGGAACAGAUUUUUAUGAUCACCCAGGUUACACUGGAAAAAAAUUCAUGCUUCAAGAUAAGGGGAGUUGUUUGUCAAGUUUUUUACUCAAUCCAAAACCAAAUUCAUUGGUUUUAGAUAUGUUUGCUGCUCCAGGGUUGAAAACUAAUCAUAUUGCGAAUAUAAUGAAUAAUCAAGGAUUAAUAUUGGCCAAUGAUAAUCAUCCAGAUCGCUUUAAGCAAUUACUAGAUAUGAUUGGAUCAGCUAACAUAAAAUGUGUAGAACCUUCAUUCGUUGACAUACCAUGCAAACACGAACACACUUGUCAAAUUAUGACCAAAAAUUAUGAUUAUAUAUUAAUCGAUCCAUCAUGUACAUACUCUGGAUUAACUUACGAUAUUGGAACAAUGCUCCCUAGCAAAUUCAGACAAAGGCAUUUUAUGUCCUUAGUCAAAGUUCUUGAAUAUGUUCUUGCAACUUGUCAAAAUGUCCACAGAGUAGUAUAUACUGUGCGUUCUGUAUAUCCUGAAGAAGGUGAAAUGGUAGUAGAUGAGGUCAUGAAAGAAUUUGAAGGGCCUUAUGAGUUAUUAGAUGCUAAAAAAAUGUUAUGGGAUCAGUGGCAUUCCAGUUGUUUUCAGGGUUAUUCAUGUAGCGAUAAAUGUUUACGAGUUGAUCCUGUGUAUGAUGGUUGUCAAGGACAUUUCAUCGCGGUUUUUGAAAGAGUACCUCACAGGAAAAUUCAAUAUGACAAAAAAGUAAUUUAUAACAAUAAAUUAUACAAAUUUUCUGAUAUGUUACUAACUCGAACAUACACAAGAAAAGGUAAAUUUAUAACAAAAUUAAUGCCAAGAAUUGAAGCAGAACAAAAAAGUGCAAAUGGAAAAAUACAAAUUCUUUCUGAACCAGAGAAAGAAAGUUUUUAUAAUGAUACAUAUUCAAAAGUAGAGAGUACGGAACAAGAUGAGGAUGAAGUCCACGAUAUCUAUUAAGUAUAAUUGAAAUUUAUCCAUUGUAACAAUACAAUUUUUGUAUUAAAGUAUUUCAUUCUAUUUAUUGUUAAAAUAAGUUUGUAUUUGUGUAGCCACGAUUUAUUGUUACCGAGAAUUUCAAUGAUAAUUAAUUAAUUUUUAGGAUUCAUUAAAUUUAAGUAAACAGCGUGCAG